UGAGCUACAGCCAGACAUGCUGCCGCUCCUUCUGCUCCUGCUGCUCUGGGGACCUGAGAGGGUGGAUGGCGUGUGGAAAUACCCUGAGGGUUACGUGCUGAAUGUGCCAAGUCAGGUGACUGUGCAGGAGGGCCUCUGUGUCCAUGUGCCCUGCAAUUUCUCCUACCAACGGGAUUAUUGGACUGACUUACAUCCAGCUUAUGGCUUCUGGUUCUUGGAAGGAUCCAAUACAAGAAAUGAUUCUCCAGUGGCAACUAACAAGCCAGAAAAACCCGUCCAGAAGGCUGCUUUGGGCCGAUUCUCCCUUGUUGGGGAUCCAAAGGACAACAACUGUACCCUGGAAAUCAGAGAUGCCAGGAAGAAGGACAGGAAGUCAUACUUCUUUCGGCUAGAGAGAGGGGAUACAAAGUGGAACUAUCAGAAACAUCUACUUGUGAAUGUGAAAGCCCUCACUCACAACCCCCACAUCGACGUCCCAGAGACCUUAGAGGCUGGCCAGCCCAGCAACCUGACCUGCUCUGCUCCCUGGGCAUGUGAAUCGGGCCCACCCCCCAUGGUAUCCUGGACUGUGGGCUCUGUGACAACCCUGGGACCCAGAACCACUCGCUCCUUGGUGUUGAGCCUCAUGCCCCGGCCCCAGGACCAUGGCACCAAUCUCACCUGCAUGGUGACUCUACCUGGACCCAAUGUGACCAGGAGAACGACCACCUAUCUCAAUGUGUCAUAUGCUCCACAGAACCUGACUGUGACCACCUGGGAAGGAAUUGGAGGAGCAUCCACGUUCCUGGAGAAUGGCUCAUUUCACCUCAUUCCAGAGGGACAGUCUCUGAGUCUGCUGUGUGCGGCUGACAGCAAUCCCCCUGCUAGACUGAGCUGGUUCUGGGGAAACCUGAUUGUGAGCCCCUUAAAUCCAUCCAACCCUGGGCUGCUGGAAUUGUCUCCGCACCAUCUCACAGUAGGAGGAGAUUUCACCUGCCAGGCUCAGAACACUGUGGGCUCCCAACGUCUCUCCUUGAGCCUGGCCAUGGAAGAUGAGAAGCAAAAGGACUCCUGGCCACUGGUCUUCACUCUGAUCAGGGGGUCUGUCAUGGGAACUGUCUUCCUCCUCAUCUAUGGCCUCACUUGGAUCUACUAUACCAGAUUAAAAUCACCGUCCACUUUGGUCCAAGAAACUUCUGCCUGCAGUGAGCAUUGGUGACCAUAGAGACUCCUAACUGGUCACAGUCUUGAGAAUGAGAGAGUGGGCAAUGCUCAGCCAUAAAUUGGAAAUGUGCAUCACCCCUGUAUGGCUGAGGGACCAUGGCAGAAAAAUGUGGCAGCAUUAGAGCUGGAGAAAGUGGAGGAGAGGGGUGGAACUCUGUCUCCUGGACAUGGCCUGGCUGUGGCAGUGAUCACUGAACUUACACCAAGUGUGGUUUCUUGCACAAGACCUGUGAAAUGUUGGGCCUAUGAAUACUUUGUUAAAGAAGAGGAAAGGGCUAUGAAGGGAGAUUUGUGUAUAAAUAAUAGUAUUAUAUGGGAGGGAGUAUUCAAGGAGGGAUUUUUGCAUAAUUAAUGGUUUAUGAGGAAGGGAGUUACCAAGGAGGAUUUUUCUGUGUAAUUAACGGUUUAUGGGGCAGGAUGUUAUGAAGGGCGAUUUGUGUAUAACUAAUGGCUUAUGAUUGAGGGAGUUGUAAAGGGGGAUUUGUGUAUAAUAGUUUUUAGGGGAGGGAGAGCCACUUUCUUCACUGGUGAAGCUAUUGGUAAGUUGUCCAUGCUCGAACAAGUUACUGUAAGGAAA